AUGAUUCGCAAACAAGCGCGUCAACGGCGCGACUAUCUGUACCGACGAGCUCUCUUGUUGCGAGAUGCCGAGAUCAGUGAGAAGAGGGCCAAGCUGAGAUCGUCUCUGGCAUCUGGAAAGCCAUUGGACCCGACCAUCGCAAACGACAAGACUCUGCGCAAAGACUACCAGUACGACGAGUCACGACCCGACCUCUCCACAAACGAGGAGCUUGACCUUGAUGACGAGUACGCUCAGCUGUCCGGCAUUGUCGACCCCCGAGUUCUUGUGACGACCUCCCGCGACCCCUCUGCCAGAUUGGCUGCUUUCGCAAAGGAAAUCAGACUUCUCCUGCCCACAGCCGUUCGUCUCAACCGUGGAAACCUCAUUCUGCCCGACCUGGUGCGAUCCGCCCAGUCUGCUGGCCUGUCCGAUAUCGUCCUCCUCCACGAGCAUCGAGGUACACCUACCGCACUCACGUUGUCGCACUUUCCUCACGGCCCGACGGUUUCUUUUUCGUUACACAAUGUUGUCUUGCGCCACGAUAUCCCAGGAAGCGUUCGAGGAACUGUGAGCGAGUCGUACCCUCACCUUAUCUUUGAUGGGUUUACUUCUCGACUGGGAGAGCGAAUUGUCAAGGUGCUGAAGCACACCUUCCCUCCCAGAGAGGCCAUCACCAGCAAGAACAAGGUCGGCAACCGAGUCGUGACAUUCAAGAACAUUGAGGAUAGCAUUGAAGUGCGGCACCACGUCUUUGUAAGGACGGGCUAUGACAGUGUUGAGCUAGCCGAGGUUGGCCCGCGAAUGACGAUGCGGCCGUUCGAAAUCCGAAGUGGCACGCUGGAGAACAAGAAUGGUGAUGUUGAGUGGCAUCUAACGCAGUACACGCGAACCGCUAAGAAGAAGAAUUACCUUUGA